AUGUUAUUGUCACCUACAUCAUCCAUCUAUAGUCGUGAUACUUACAAUAGUAACCAUCAUUAUUACCCAUCGUCGAUCAACACCAAUCAUCAUCACUUAGCCCGCACCAAUACAUCUUCGACUCGUCGAUCACUCUCCACCGCCAAUUUAUCCACCAUCCCACCUAGGAUAACACCGCCGUAUCAUUACAGCAAUAGUAGCGCAGGCACAAUUCCAUCCCCUUGGACAGAUUCACCCAUCACACCAACAUAUGACCCUCUAUAUACACAAACACCCAAUCAGAUUGAUGAUGAUGAUGAUGAUGAUGAUAAAUCCAAAAAGAAAUCAGAUUAUACAGAUACGAUUGACUUGCUUCCCAUACCAUCGACCACCACCGUCAUUACACAUCCUUCCUUGGAAUCACCCACUACUACUACUACUGCUACUACUACUACUAAUACUACUCGGUUCAGUAUUGCUUCUUCUUUUAGCUUGACACAUGACAAAGAUGCAUUGGUGACGUAUCGACGCAUGGCUAGGAAAACCAAGGACGCCCAGGUACAAAUGUCGUACAUGUUGUACUUGAUCCAAGUGGCUGGUUUGUACCAAGGAGAUGUACGACGACGAUUAUUGGAAGAGGCUGGUUACUGGCUUCGUCGCUUGGCCAACAAACAACGAUAUCCUCCAGCCCUGGUAUUGAAAGGAAGAUGGUAUAUACAGCAAGAAGACUCGUCGGACAUGGACAACAAAAACAAUGCUGUCUCCCUGGAUGAAUUGAAUAUCAUGAUGAUGCCAUCCUCGGAUCAAAAAAAACAAAAAUGGGAAAAGGCACGGCAAUGUUUUCAAUCUGCUGCCAAAGCCGGGAAUAUGGAUGCUCAUUAUCAAUUAGCCAUGUUGCUUUGUCAUCACUCUCCUUCAUCCAUGUCCAAGGUCAUGGCAUCAUUACAUCUUGCCGCUGAUCAUCAUCAUCUUUUAGCCUGUCAUAAAUUGGCCAACAUCUAUUUGUUUGGAGAAUACAACCAUGCACAAAACAUCCCUCAGGCCAUUACGUAUUUGGAAAAAGCGGCUGAGAUCACUCAUGCAGGUGCACCGAUCAGUGCCACCUGUUGUUACAUGUUAAGUUGUUUGUAUGCAGGGGAUGCACAAGCCCUUGGUCUAUACUGGCAAAGUGAUGAUAUCCAACCUGAAAAAGCUGAACAAUAUUUGGAAAAGGCAGUGGCUAUGGGCAAUGCUGAGGCAAUGAUGCGACGAGGGCAAUUGUAUGAAAAAGGAAAAGGAUACCCACAAGAUCCAUGGCAAGCUUUUCAAUGGUAUCUUCAAGCAGCUGAAAUACAUCAUCCACCAGCCAUGGUUGCCAUUGCUCAGUGUUAUGCGAAAGGUAUUCCACAUCAUUUGGCCCCUAAUCCUACCUUGGCAUUCAAAUGGUGUCAACGUGCUUCUGGUUUAGAUCAAGCUGAUUUCUUAUUAGGGUAA